AGCUGCAGCCCCCGCGCGGACGCGCCGUUUCCUCCCGGGAAAGUUUCUCCCGGUUUCUAAACUUUGUCGCGGCCGACUCGGCGCGCGCGCCCGACCCCCUCGGCCGCCUUCCUUGUGGAGCGGAGGCUGCGCGCUGUUUCCGAAAUGACUGCUGUCCAUGCAGGCAACAUAAACUUCAAAUGGGACCCCAAAAGUCUAGAGAUCAGGACUCUGGCAGUUGAGAGACUGUUGGAGCCUCUUGUUACACAGGUUACAACUCUGGUAAACACCAAUAGUAAAGGGCCCUCGAAUAAGAAGAGAGGCCGUUCUAAGAAGGCCCAUGUUUUGGCUGCAUCUGUUGAACAAGCAACUGAGAAUUUUUUGGAGAAGGGGGAUAAAAUUGCAAAGGAGAGUCAAUUUCUCAAGGAGGAGCUUGUGGCUGCUGUAGAAGAUGUUCGAAAACAAGGUGAUUUGAUGAAGACUGCUGCGGGAGAGUUUGCAGAUGAUCCCUGCUCUUCUGUGAAGCGUGGCAACAUGGUUCGGGCAGCUCGAGCUUUGCUCUCUGCUGUUACCCGGCUGCUUAUUUUGGCUGACAUGGCAGAUGUCUACAAAUUACUUGUUCAGCUGAAAGUUGUGGAAGAUGGUAUCUUGAAACUGAGGAAUGCUGGCACUGAACAAGACUUAGGAAUACAGUAUAAAGCCCUGAAACCUGAAGUGGAUAAGCUGAACAUUAUGGCAGCCAAAAGGCAACAGGAACUGAAAGAUGUGGGCCAUCGUGAUCAGAUGGCUGCAGCCAGAGGAAUCCUGCAGAAAAAUGUUCCGAUCCUCUAUACUGCGUCCCAGGCAUGCCUCCAGCACCCUGAUGUUGCAGCCUAUAAGGCUAACAGAGACCUGAUAUAUAAGCAGCUGCAGCAGGCGGUCACAGGCAUUUCCAAUGCAGCCCAGGCCACUGCAUCAGACGAUGCUUCCCAGCACCAGGGUGGAGGAGGAGGAGAACUGGCUUAUGCGCUCAAUAACUUUGAUAAACAAAUCAUUGUGGAUCCCUUGAGCUUCAGUGAGGAGCGCUUUAGGCCUUCCCUGGAGGAGCGCCUAGAGAGCAUCAUCAGUGGGGCUGCCCUGAUGGCUGACUCGUCUUGCACGCGUGAUGACCGGCGUGAGAGAAUUGUGGCAGAGUGUAAUGCUGUCCGCCAGGCCCUGCAGGACUUGCUCUCAGAGUACAUGGGUAAUGCUGGACGUAAAGAAAGAAGUGAUGCACUCAAUUCUGCCAUAGAUAAAAUGACUAAGAAGACUAGAGACUUGCGUAGACAGCUACGCAAAGCCGUCAUGGACCAUGUUUCAGAUUCAUUCCUGGAAACCAACGUUCCACUUUUAGUAUUGAUUGAAGCUGCAAAGAAUGGAAAUGAGAAAGAAGUUAAGGAAUAUGCUCAAGUUUUCCGUGAACAUGCCAACAAAUUGAUUGAGGUUGCCAACUUGGCCUGUUCCAUCUCAAACAAUGAAGAAGGUGUAAAGCUUGUUCGAAUGUCAGCAAGUCAGCUAGAAGCUCUCUGUCCUCAGGUUAUCAAUGCUGCAUUGGCUUUAGCAGCAAAACCACAGAGUAAACUGGCUCAAGAGAACAUGGAUCUUUUUAAAGAACAGUGGGAAAAACAAGUCCGUGUUCUCACAGAUGCUGUCGAUGACAUUACUUCCAUUGAUGACUUCUUGGCUGUCUCAGAGAAUCACAUUUUGGAAGAUGUGAACAAAUGUGUCAUUGCUCUCCAAGAGAAAGAUGUGGAUGGGCUGGACCGCACAGCUGGUGCAAUUCGAGGCCGGGCUGCUAGGGUCAUCCAUGUAGUCACCUCAGAGAUGGACAACUAUGAGCCAGGGGUCUACACAGAGAAGGUCCUGGAAGCCACCAAGCUGCUCUCCAACACAGUCAUGCCACGUUUUACUGAGCAAGUAGAAGCAGCUGUGGAAGCCCUCAGCUCGGACCCUGCCCAGCCCAUGGAUGAGAAUGAGUUUAUUGAUGCCUCCCGCCUAGUGUAUGAUGGCAUCCGGGACAUCAGGAAAGCGGUGUUGAUGAUAAGGACCCCUGAGGAACUGGAUGAUUCUGACUUCGAGACAGAAGACUUUGAUGUCAGAAGUAGGACAAGUGUCCAGACAGAAGAUGAUCAACUGAUUGCUGGCCAGAGUGCCCGGGCGAUCAUGGCUCAGCUUCCCCAGGAGCAAAAAGCAAAGAUUGCAGAACAGGUGGCCAGCUUCCAGGAAGAAAAGAGCAAGCUGGAUGCUGAAGUGUCCAAAUGGGACGACAGUGGUAAUGACAUCAUCGUGCUGGCCAAGCAGAUGUGCAUGAUCAUGAUGGAGAUGACGGACUUCACCCGAGGUAAAGGACCGCUCAAAAAUACAUCAGAUGUGAUCAGUGCCGCCAAGAAAAUUGCUGAGGCGGGAUCCAGGAUGGAUAAGCUCGGCAGAACCAUUGCAGACCACUGCCCCGACUCAGCCUGCAAGCAGGACUUGCUGGCCUACCUGCAGCGUAUCGCCCUCUACUGCCACCAGCUCAACAUCUGCAGCAAAGUCAAGGCUGAGGUACAGAAUCUCGGUGGAGAGCUCGUUGUCUCUGGGGUGGACAGCGCCAUGUCCCUGAUCCAGGCUGCCAAGAACUUGAUGAACGCGGUAGUGCAGACGGUGAAGGCAUCCUAUGUGGCCUCCACCAAAUACCAGAAGUCUCAGGGUAUGGCUUCCCUCAACCUUCCAGCUGUUUCGUGGAAGAUGAAGGCACCUGAGAAAAAGCCCUUGGUGAAGAGAGAGAAACAGGAUGAGACACAAACCAAGAUUAAACGGGCAUCUCAGAAGAAGCAUGUGAACCCUGUGCAGGCCCUCAGCGAGUUCAAAGCCAUGGACAGCAUCUAGGGCCACCCUGCCCAGCUGCCCCCACUCUUUGGGGCUUCUAAAGAUCAGUCACGGCUCUUCACUCAAAUGUAUUUGCUAAAUAGAACACUGAUGUUAGAUUCCACAGAGAAAUAGGCAGAUUUUAAACCUGGCCAGGUGGUGAAUUUUUGGCAAGGAAUACUUGUGUUUAAAUUGGUUAAAAAUACUUUUGGAAUUCAGGAGCUUAUUUCUAGCUAUAUUUUUAUAAGGUUAAAUAAAAAUAAAAAUUCCAUAACCAAAGAGAAACUCACAUUAACUUGUUAGUGAUACUCUUGACUGAGUUCUCAGUGUGGCAUUGGGGUUUGAGAUGCCGUAUUGGAGUCAACCUGGGUUCAGUGAGGGGGCCUCCACCAAGUCCUGGGUUCCGGGGGGGGUGCGUAGGGAGGGGGGGGGAGUUGGCUGGUAUCACAUGACCAGACAUGUUCCAGUGUAAACUACCUGGGCAUCUUAGGAAGGUGUGCCGGGAGAAGGAACGUUCCCAGAAAGGUCUUGGAGGGACAAGCCACAUGAAGCUCAGUAAAACGUAAUGUAUCAUGAAGAAAACUGAUUACUCUCUUUAUGACAUGAAAUGAGAAUUUUAAUGCCUGGUUACAAUUACUAAUGUACUCUGCUGCAGGACAUUAAUAAAGUUGCUUUUUUUCAGACUAGAAUGUUGUGAUGCCCUAAUCAGAACAUGCUUUUUUUUUUCCCUUUCCUCAGCUUCAAAUGCAAAUUCAUCAUUGGGCUCACUUCUAGUAAUUGCAGUGUUUCCUGCCUUGGGCUUUGCAACAGAAGCCUGACAAAAUAGUGUUUGCUUAGGCAAUAAUUUAGACUUUACCUUAUUUGUGAUUACUACAGCGAUUACUAUAGCUAUGAGGUAUAAUUUUACUGUCUUAUUUAAAUUUUAUUAAUCUGAAUGUUUUUUACACUAACUUUUCCCAAUAAAGUCCACUAUGAAACCAA